AUUUCCCCGCCAAUAGCACAGAUGAAAAUCUUAGAAAUCUCGCCGGAACUCCGAUCAAGCCACCAUGGAUCAAGUUCUAAGAUAAUCGUAGAAAUUGAAGAUUCGGUAACCGAAGCCGAACGUCUCUUGCCGGAAAACUCAUCUGCUCUGGAUAAGCUCUGCUCUAAGAUCCAGAAGAGCCUCUCUAGAUUGAACUCUGCUUGUCCGUUGUCCAAAUCCGAGAAGCUUCAGAUAUGGAAGCUCAGUUAUCGUCUGUGGAAUGCUUGCGUCGAUCUCUCAAACGCUACUGGAAUUCGUUCAUCGAGCAAUGGUGCGAAGAUCGAUGAACAACAGGCAAAUCUCCGCCAGAUCUCCGCUGAUCUGCUCUUUUUAGCAGGCGAUGUUACCGGUAUUCCGUCUCCGUCUUUGAAAUCCGCUUCUUUCUUCUACAAAACUGGAUUGAUAUGGCACGAUCUGAAGAAGUUCGAUCUCGCAGCGAGUUGCUUCGAGCGAGCCACUGAUCUGACAGCGAAGAUCGAUGUUGAUGAGAUUUCCGACACAGGAGAACAGAAACUCCUCUUGGAUCUGAACCUCGCGAGAUCGCGUACCGCCUGGGAGGUAUCGGAGCGAAAUCUCGCUUUUACCUUACUGAAUCGCUCCAAAGCCCUUUUGUUUGGAUCUCCUGAGAGCUACAGAGCACUGGCAAACCAGUUUUUGUUAUUUGGCAAACUCAUGUUGUCGAAAAACCUGGAAUCCGCCAUUAAAGAUGCUCUGAAGCUGAUGAACGAAGCUUUGGAUCUGUGCGAGAAGGGUUUAAGGAUCGUUAGAAGGUCAGAUGAAUCACUGCCAUUGAAGACGCUGAGAUCGAAGUCUCUUCGCUUCAUCGCAGCCGCGCAUUUGCAAGGCGGAGAGUUCGAGAGCGUUCUCAAGUGCAUUAAGGUCUUGCGAGAAGGCGGUGGAGACCAGCACCCAGCGUCAUCGGUGCUAGCCAUGAAGGCUUGGUUGGGCUUGGGAAGGCAUAGAGAAGCAGAGAAGGAGCUUAGGGGUAUGGUGGUAAAUAAGGAGAUUCCGGAGGGUAUUUGGUUAUCAGCGAUAGAAUCUUACUUUCAAGCUGCCGGCGUGGCGGGUGCAGAGACGGUGAAAGGAGUAUUCCUAGGAUUAUUGGGGAGGUGCCACAUCAGCGCCGGAGUGGCGGUUACGGUGGUCCACAGACUCAUUGGGAGCGGCGGCAGCGGCAAAGAUGGGUCGCUUGUGAGGGCAAAGGUGGUGGCGGAGCUGGUCUCCGACGACAGGGUCAUGGCAUUGUUUAACAGUGAAGAAGCAGCGAAGGAGAGAACCACAUUGCAUGCCCUUCUCUGGAACUGCGGAGCGGAUCAUUUUGGUUCGAAAAAUUACGAAACGAGCGUGGAGAUGUUCGAAAAAUCGAUGCUUUACAUCCCCUACAACAUAGAGGGUAGAAUCCUUCGAGCGAAAGGAUUCAGAGUUCUGUGUCUCUGCCAUCUUGGCCUCUCUCUGCUCGAUCAAGCUCAAGAAUUCAUCGACGAGGCUGAGAAGCUCGAACCCAAUAUAACCUGCGCUUUCCUUAAGUUUAAGAUCUGCCUUCAAAAGGAGGAAGAAAAUGGAGCCAUCAAACAGAUGCAAUCAAUGGCUAACUGCCAUGACUUCACCCCGGAGUUCCUAUCUCUAUCGAUCCACGAAGCCAUAGCUUGCCAAGCCCUCCCUGUGGCUAUUGAGUCCCUGAAAAAUCUCCUAAACUUCUACUCACCUGGAAAACCAAUGCCCACACCAGAAGUAGUUGUGCUCAGAACACUAGUCACAAUCCUCUCUCGAGAGACCACCAACGAGAACGAAAUCUUAAAAUUCACAAAACUGGCUAAGAAGCGGAUGUCCGAGCUUGGUUCCGAGGCCUUCUUUGGGAAAGGAGAAGUCGGGAGACGUGAAAAGAACUGGUUUGCAUUGAACUCAUGGAAUAUUGGAACAAGAACGGGGAAAGAUAAGAAAUACGACUUGUGUGCCGAGUUCUUCGAGUCGGCUGCGGAGUUCUAUGCUGCUUCAAUCGACGGUGUAGUAGAAGAGAGCACCAUGGUUUGCAAAUCACUGAUCUUAAGUGUAUCUGCCGCCAUUGCCGCAGAAAAGUCAAGCAAUUCUCCGAUGCCGGAAUCUGAUGUUAAAAGAGCCAUCGAAUUGCUCGAUAGAGCCGGAAAGAUACUAACAGAGAUAUCAUCUGGACUUCAAAUGGUUAACGAUGGAGCUGCCAUUGAACCCAGGAUCGUUUUCAUCUACACGUUCAACGCUUAUGAUCUACGAGGAAGGCUUGAGAGUGGUGGAACCCAACAGCUCCAACUGGUCAAGAGCUUCGCGUCUUCAAAGGCUUGCACACCUGAGUAUCUUCUUCAGAUUGGGCUCAGCGCCUCACAAAGCCCACGGACCAACCCAGAAGCAGCCAACUUCGCCCUCAACGCUUCCCUCUCAUCUCUCCUUGCCUCCCCUUCUCCAGACUACAAAAACAUUGCCCUUAUCAUUAGGAAGCUAAUCAUGCUAGCAGGCUUUUAUAAGGGUGAUACUGAUGAUGAAGUAUACAGCGCGUAUAAACAGGCAUACAGGAUCAUGGUGGGCCUGAAGGAAGGGGAGUAUCCGACAGAAGAGGGGAAGUGGCUUGCCACAACGGCGUGGAAUCGAGCGGCCAUGCCGGUGCGUCUGGGACAGAUUGCAGUUGCGCGGAGAUGGAUUAAGAUUGGGUUGGAGCUGAGUCGGCACGUGCAGGGGAUGGAAGGGUAUAGGGAGUCCUUGGAGGAAUUUGUUGCAGGUUUUGAUGAGAAAUUCUACGGUCAUGUGGAGAAGGAUGUGGGUGAUAACAACAGUAGCAGUACGGCUCCAAUUGUCUCGUAGUUUCUAUAACUUCUUUCCUCCUGGAUUGUGAUCUUGAUUAGACAGAUUAGGUCUCUAAUCUAUAGAAGACCAAAUCCAUUUGGUCCAUCAAUUGGUCUUCUCUAAUCUCUACUCUUC